AUGUCGACACUCGCUUCAUCUCGAAAGAGGGCAUUGACCCCCUCUUCUCCAGGCACCAGCUUGAGCAAGAAGCUAAAGCUGACAAGCAUAUCCCCGCCCCAACCUCUGAGUCUGAAUCAGCAGAUCUCACCUGCCACGCUUACGACACUUCUGAAUCAAGAUCCAACUGAUCUUAUGCCAGAUCUGCGGAUGCAGGUGACAUGUCUCAAACUGUUUCUCCUGGCAAUUGCUCGCAUGCCAGAAACUACGCCAAGUGCGAACAACGCACACAAACGUAAACACGAAGUUGGGUAUAGACAAGUUGUAGAGGCUCUCAACAAGCUGGAUAUUCUGGGUAUUGCGACGCGGAAAAUGAUCGCCGCUGUUAAUGAUAUUGACAAGCUUACGAGAGACAUUGAUGAGAUUCUGGAAUUUGAAGAGCCCUCGUUUCCUAAUGUGCAGCUGAAGAGGUCAUGUGAACAUUUCAUGGGUGCGUAUGAGGAGAGAUUGGCUAGCUUGGACCCCAUGAGAGAAAAUGGCUGUGACGAUAGUGCGUCACAUGAAGAGCAAGAACUGGCGUGA